ACCUGUAGAUCCCAUAUGAAAGACAAAAGAUGGCGGAUGACGAUGUAAACGGGGACACCGACGACGUGCGGCAUGAAAAAUCGCAGAAAAAGGCGGCUAAGUAUGACAGUGGGGCUGCAGACCUCGAAAAGGUGACCGAUUAUGCCGAAGAGAAAGAGAUUUCGUCCUCCGAUGGCUUCUCCUGCGCACUCAGCAUAAUCGGUGAUCGCCGGAACAAGGAGGUCGCGGAGAAGAAGGCCAAGGAGAAGGAACUGCUCAAGGUUUCCAUCAGGAAGGAGGAUGUCGAUCUGAUCAUGAGAGAGAUGGAGAUCAGCCGGACGUUGGCCGAGCACACUCUCAGGGAACACAGCGGCGACAUUGUCGAAGCGUUGAUCACCUUAACUAAUUAAUAAUUGUGCAGACUGAUUCGAAAUUGAAGCAAAUUCCUUUGUAAAAUAUCUAAUACCGUAGCGGCAGAUCUUUGUUAUUAAUUUCUAUCGAUAUAUAUAUGGUCGAUAUACAUGUUACAUAUAUGUGUAUAUAUAUUAGGUAUAUACAUACAUAUGUAUUACAUGCGCAUAUAAAGUAACGUGCAUCCUUCAUUUAUUUUUAUUUUCGUUUAAUAUAAGUAGCUAAGUCAAUAAAUGCAUACGCGCA